AUGUUGAAAAGACCAGGUGAACACGGUGAACCGCAUGCAAAGAAGCUAUGGUCGAAAUCUGAGGCUAGAAUUUGGACUAUUACAUUGUUUAGUGGGACAUGCAUGUUGUAUGCCUCUCGUGUAGCUUUACCUAUAAGUGUUGCUCAAGUUAGUAAAGAGUUCGGAUGGACUAAAACAGAUUCGGGAACUUUUUUAUCUUGUUUUUUCUGGGGAUAUGCACUAACACAAAUAUUUGCGGGUAGUUUUGCUGAUGGGAUAGGGGGAGAAAAAAUUUUGCCAUACAAUACACUUUGCUGGACGCUCUUAACAUUUUUCACACCACAAUUAUUUGAGUUUGCUUACUGGAGCGGAAUCCCUGUGAUGUUUAUCGUUCUAAUUCGUGUUUCAACCGGGAUCGGUCAGGGUUUUCACCUGCCGUCAGUUGCUUCCUUGAUUUCUCAACACUUGACUUCAUCGGAUAAAGGCAGAGUAUUUGGUAUUGUUCUUGCUGGAUCUCACUGCGGGACAGUGUUAGCUGGAUCGUUCGGUUCAUACCUCCUUGACAAGUUUGGGUGGAGGGCUGUUUUUCAAUUUUUCGGAAUCAUAUCUCUAAUGUGGUACUACUGGCUGAGUCAUUUUUUGAAAAAGUUUGAACGCCCCACACCUCAUCUGCCCAGUGAUCAGGAGCAUCUCAUUUCAAAAAGAGGUACUAGUUUCUAUUCGACCAUAAACAAUACAAAAGUUCCAUGGAGGACAUUAUUCCGUCAUCCCGGUUUUUGGGCAGCAGCUGUAGCGCAAUACACUGGAGGGAAUGCUUAUUUCACGAUGUUCAAUUGGCUACCAAGCUAUUUCCAUGAAGAAUUCCCAACAGCAUCGGGAGUCAUUUACAACGUAGUUCCUUCAUUAGCCAUUGUUUUGACAUCCAUGGUUGCUCCAUAUAUGGCAGUUAAGCUUCUUUCGAGUGGCCAUUCUGUUACAUCUACUCGUAGAAUUAUGGAGGGUCUAUCUUUAAUUGGUGUGGCAAUUUGUCUUUUUAUUGUUCCGGGAGCACAUUCGUUCCUAGCAGCUCUUCUGAUGUUCACUCUAGCCAUGGCGUCUCGCGGAUUACAUCAUGGUGGUGUAUCUGUCAACCCACAUGAUUUUGCUCCACAUCACACUGGCUCAGUCUUCGGGAUCUUCAACGCCUGCGGUGCAAUUACCGGAUUUAUUGGGGUUUAUGUAGCUGGACAUAUACUGGAAGCAACUGACAAUAAUUGGUCAUACGUUUUCAUAGUCACGGGAUUACAGUGUAUAUUCGGAGCCGCAGUGUACGGCUUGUUUGGAACGGGUAACAAAAUUAUAUAA